GGGCAGUGGUAACUGAGUGUCCCUGUGUCUCUUUUGAAGCCGAGAAACAUGCUGGGAUACCCUGCAGGAUACAGUCCAUGGAUGAAAUUGUGUUCGGAGACACUGCCAGGGUUGGAGAAAUUCUUUCCAUCAGAGCAAGGGUGGACAUUCAAGUCGAAUUCUCCAUGGAGGUUGGCAUAGAGGUGGUAGUAGAGGAUGUUUUGACUAAUGCUGAAAAGAUUGUGAGUGUGGCAUAUGCAACAUAUGGGACCGAACCCCUUGGUGGUGCACAGAUUGAGUUAAAGCCCAUAGAGCUUCAGUCUGAAGAAGACUACCUGGAAUACUUCCUGUCUCUGGACAGGAGCAUAAUCCGUACGGGCUAUUUCGAGGCCUUUCAGCAGGUGAUGCAGGAGAGCAGUGACGAAGAUCCUUCUAAAGCUGAGCAGAGCAUUUCAACCGAGCACACCCAUGUCCAGAGCACAGAGGCUGUCCUGCAUUCGCACACAGGCCAUCAAGGGAACACCUCUGCUGGACAGAUAAUGGAUUGGGUACAGAUGGUGGCAAGCAUCUCAGCAAGCCGCCUCUGUCGGUCACGUCCAAUCCUAAAGGAAAUUAACAGGUUCGCAUUCUGGCACCCGUCCAUUGAGUAUGACCACCUGGUCUUCAAGGCCAGUGUCAACAACACUUUCCACAGCAGUGUGGAGGUUGGUGUCCGUGUGGAGGCUUUCACUUGUGGGGAGUGGAUCCUGGACUGCCCGCACCCGCGGCACGUCUGCAGCGCAUUCCUCAUUUUCUCUGCUUUGGAUGACAAAGGGGAGCCACUCACCUUCCCCAGGGUCAGGCCCACUACUCAGGAUGAUGUAAGAAGAUUUUAUGGAGCAAUUGCUAGGAAGAGAGUUCUUUUCAACAGCAAAUGUGUCCUCUCGGCGAAGGCAGACAAGCCCUCUGACGCCUGGGAUUCAGACAACCAGGCGUACCUGAGCUACAAAAACAUUGCUGCGCUGACGUACAUGGUGGAUAAAACAAGGUGGAAAAUAGCCUCGGACAAGACUCAGGAUAACAUCAAAGUCUUUACCCACGAGGAUGGUGCUACUGUGUCAGUUAAGGUGGAGAUGGCCGUGAAGGUCCCAUUCCACGCGGCCGCCUUCCUACUGUCUGAUUUCAAGCUCCGCCCGCGCUGGGACAAGCAUUACUCGUCCUGUGAGGUCCUGGAGGAUGUGAAUAAGAGGGAGAAGAUUUACCAUGUAAUUUCUGGCCCCACGGCAGGCUGCCAGCCGAUGGACUUUGUGAUUCUGGUAUCACAAAGGCAGCCCUGCCAGCCACAGAUGCCCUACACUGUGGCAGUGAGGUCUGUGGCACACAAGGCAAUGCCCCCGCUCCUGGAGUACUCCAGGCACCAAGUCCUGUGUUCUGGAUUCCAGAUCCACAGCACCAGCAGCAACUCCUGCACUGUCUAUUACUUGCUUCGGUUACCAACAGGAACUGCAGAUAAGGCUGCUGACGCAUCAAGCCCAGUCGAAGACACUGCGUUGGCCUGUAUCAGGUUCUUAGAAAGCGAGUACAUGGAGAGAUGGGUCUGAGGAGUUGUGAAGGGACUUUCAAGCAAUUGGGGAUUGGAUUGAAAUUCCUGCAGUCCUCUUCCCCUUUUAAAAAUGUGCUCUGAUUAUUACUAAAUGAACAUAACACUCCUUAUCUCAGUCUCCACAGCAGCACCAAGAAAUCUAAAAUAUGACCUCUAACCACUGUAUUCUUUAGCAAUAUUUUAUUAAAAAUAAUCACCUGUACAAAUAAAAAAUAUCCCCACAAAAUUUAAUUCCCCAUAUUUGUUUUUUGCUGCAAGAAAAAUAUGUGAGGGAAGGUCAGGGUGCACUUCUCCAGUAAUACUGGUGGAUGCAGGAACUCUGUUUGGAGUUGGUUUCUUAAUUUUUCUGUUUAAUACCCACCAGGUUUUUUCUUUUUACAAAGAAAAGUUUACUCCCACCUCACCAAGGCAUGGAAACACUGCAGAUUUUUGAGCAUUUUCUUUGAAAAAUAAGUAAAUAAACUAAGAAAGCUCCUCACUUGCUCUGCAAUUCCUUAGGGGUGUGUUUCACCAGAGGUUUCAGAGGAAGGGCUGGAUUCUGUUAGUGAACACAAUGAAAUGACCAGCCAGGGUAAUGGCAGAUAAUUACCACUGCAACCAUCAGGAACUGCACCCCAAGCCCAGCAGCCCACAGGGCUGAUCUGAAGCUUCACCACAAGACUGCUCAGGCUGGAACAUAUGGAGGAGUAAGUUCAUUAUUCCUAAAAGGAAAAGUCCAAACCAAACCAGAAUCCAGCAAAACACCCACAAUUCCUUUAAUAAAACAGCCACUUGCUGUGCUCCCGUUGUUCCCAGCUUUACAGUGCGCCAGGCAAGUUUGGGAGGCAAACCGGGAAAAUGCGGGGAGACAGAAAACCAACAGUUCCUCUGCAGCUCGCUAGAUUUUCUGGAUCCGCUCUCUGUCGUCAGCACUGGCGUGCAGCAGCACAGGAGAACUCCUUGAGAGGCUGGAGCCUUCAGAAAGUGACGACCUUGGGUCGCUUGGGCUGCGCUUCUGCUUCUCCGGGCAGUCCUUUUUGAAGUGCUCCACAGAGCCACACAGCUUGCAGCCCCCACCUGUUCACAAAGACAGCUGUUACUCAUCUGAGGGGGAAAAAACACCGUAAAACCACCCAAAAAACACCCAACCAAAUUCCCUGCCUGUGUCAGUGAGGGACACAGCUGUUUGGGAUCACGCUGUGCUGUACAGCACCACACACCACAAACUCCAGCCACUGCUCACUGGGUAUUUCUGAUUUGCUGGAAGCUCCAUUUUUGAGAAACGGGCUGAAUUCUGCUGAAA